AGUGGUCUACGAAACUACACAACCACCUCCACCUUAUGAUUUCCCCUCCCAGUAAAGAGACAAAAAACCAGAGAGAGAAAUUAUUGCUAUGGCUGUUCUCAGCAGGUCCAUCUUCAUCACCAUAGCGGUUCUUGCUGUUGUUCUAAUUGGCUCAGCAGAGGCACAAGAUCAAUCAUGUGCAUCAAAGCUGGUAGCCUGCUACAAAUUUAUCAACACCACCACCAAACCAGACAACGAUUGCUGUAGCAACAUAAGAAAUGCAGUACAAAAUGAGCUUAAAUGCCUCUGCACUCUCUACACCACCCCUGGCUUGUUGCAGACUUUCAACGUCACCUUUGAUCAAGCUCUCAAGCUCACUAACGAAUGCAACGUCCCCACUGAUAUCAACGCCUGCAAAAGCUCAGCUGCCUCACCCACAUCGGGGCCAGGUACGGUACCCGGAGGUGACAGCGGUGAUGGAGAGAGGGUGGCAUGGACUGGAGUUACCAGCUUACUCUUAUUCUGUGCUUCCAUGUUGCUUUAUUAG